AUGUGGCUCCUUGGAGAAGCCGCAGCCCGGGGGGGACCCGCCGCCGCAGACCCGCUCCCGGGCCGGGCAGCCCGAGCUCGAGCAGAGCCGCCCUGCGGGAGAGCCCCCGCCUCUCUCCCCCCCCCUCCCCCCCCGUGCUGCGUGUCCCGGGCUCUGCGGGGAUCGGGGGCCCCGAGAGCUCGGGCAGAUGUAACUCGAGCCCCAAGGCGCGGGGUGCCGGUGUCGUUCGAGGACGUGGCGGUCUAUUUCUCCCCGGAGGAGUGGGCGGCGUUAGCGGAAUGGCAGAGGGAGCUGUACUGGGACGUGAUGAAGGAGAAUUACGCGCUGGUGGCCUCGCUGGGCUCUGCGGCACCUGCAGUGGAGAUCGCCUGGAAGGCGGAUAAAGAUGAAGAGCCGCACGUCGGGGCUUCCCAGGGGAAGAGGGGGGGAGGAAUCCCCCAGCCCCCCAGCACGGGCUCCGACGACGCCCGGUCGGACGGUUGGGUUGCGGCGAGUCGCCGAGCCGGGCCGUGUGUCUGGGAUGGUCAGUUUGUCUGGGCUCCUUGGUUCUCCAGGGUCCUCCUGCACCGGGGACAGGUGUGCGAGACGCAGAGCUCCCUGCGACCGGCGCAGGUGGUGUUCGAGGACGUGGCGGUCUGUUUCUCCCCGGAGGAGUGGGCGGCGUUAGCGGAAUGGCAGAGGGAGCUGUACUGGGCCGUGAUGAGGGAGAAUUUCGAGCUGGUGGCCUCGCUGGGCUCUGCGGACCCCAAGCCAGAGAGCAGCUGUGAAAUGGAGCGAGGGGAAGAGCUCCAGCAGGGGCAGGACAGAGAGAUUCCUGAGGCACCCAGCAUGCGUGAUGGAAUCUGGGCUGGGGCUGAGGAGAAGCCGUGGGGAGCCCAGAAGUCCCCGGGACGAGCAGCUGCCAUCCCAGUGCCCCAGGGGAAGGCGCCAAAUACCUGCCAGGACUGCGGGCAGAGCUUCUCGGAGCGGGGCCUCCUCAUCGUGCACGUGCUGAGGACCCACCUCGGGGAGCGAACCCUGCCCUGCGGUGAGUGCGGGAAGACCCUCUCCGGCCGGGGCAGGCUGGCGGCGCAUCAGAGGGCCCACCUGCGGGAGCGGACGUUCACCUGCGUGGCCUGCACGCGCAGCGUCGUCUACAACAAGCACCUGGUGGACAAGGUGCGCAUGGAGCUGGCCGGAGGGAAGCCCUUCAAAUGCACCAAGUGCAGCGACAGGAUCAUCCUGAUGGUGGAGCCGCCGGCGGAGCGCGGGAGGGGCUCCUUCCCCUGCCCUCACUGCCCCAAGGUCUUCCCCUACGUCUACCUCCUGCAGCGCCACCAGCCGCUGCACGCUGGGGAGGCGUCCUUCCCCUGCGCCGAGUGCGGCAAGAGUCUCCAGCGGCGGACCACACUCGGCAAGCACCGCCGGCGCCACGCGACCGAGCAGCCCGCCCCCUGCGCUGAGUGCAGCCGGAAGGAGCGCCGGGAGAGCCCCGCACCGGAGCAGCCGUUCCCCUGCACGCAGUGCGGGCGGCUCUUCCCCCGGCGCGGCUCCCUGGCCGCCCACCUCCGGGCCCACGCGCGCCCGCCGCUGCACCCCUGCGCCCAGUGCAGCCAGCGCUUCGGCAGCAAGCGGGCGCUGCUGGCGCACCAGCGGGCCCAUGCGCCGGACAGGCCCUGCCGGGAGUGCGGCCAGGCCUUCGGCUCCAGGGCAGCCUGGGCCGCGCACCGGCUGGAGCACGAGCGGCAGAAGCCGUUCACGUGCGCCGAGUGCGGGAAGGGCUUCAGGCGCAAGGACAGGUACACGGUGCACCAGUGGCUGCACGUGGGCCCCGCGCCCCUCGCCUGCCCCCAGUGCGGCCAACGCUUCCGCCUGCCGCUGCAGCUGGAACGGCACCAGCGCCUCCACCGGGCGCCGAGAGAGGCCAGGCUCAGGACGAGCGCGCAGGCCUGCCCGGCCGGAGAGCUGAGCCCCACGUCUGGCCCUGCCACCCCUUCCGCGUGCGAUCCUGGGCCAGGCACCUCGCCGGCCUGGCCCGUGGUGUCCCCACCUGAGAAAUAG